GGCCACCGUUGUGCCACGGAGCUGUAUCGCAAGUUUCAAAGCGGCCAGCAUCAGUUGACGCUGAUGUGGGACCACGCUCUCCGGAUGGAGCUAGGUGGAGGGCGGUCUCCGAGUUUUGCCGAGUAUAGCCGACAACAGCCGGAAGUGAGAGUAGGGAAACGGCUCACAGGCAGCUAAGCGGUAGCAGCGGCAACAGUGGCACAGCUUUCUGCAUCUUUCACACAAACUCCCACGUUAGAAGUCUUGGUCACCGUUUAAAACUUGCUGCCAACAUCACCAUGUCUGUCUUGUGUUAUAAUAAGGGAUGCGGACAGCGGUUUGAUCCAGAGAACAACCAAGAUGAUGCCUGUACCCAUCACCCAGGAGUCCCAGUGUUCCACGAUGCUUUGAAGGGAUGGUCCUGCUGCAAGAGAAGAACUACUGACUUCUCAGACUUCCUCAGCAUCGCUGGCUGCACCAAGGGACCCCACAACAAAGAGAAGCCUCCUGAGCCGGUGAAACCAGACGUGAAAACAUCAGGAGAAAAAAAGGAGUUGGAGGCCCAAAAACCAAAGUUUAAUGAGUACAUCAUCUCUGCACCGAAACCCCAGGAGGCGAUACACAGGCCAAGUCCCGAUGAGCCGAUGGUGAAACUGCAGCACAAAGUUUCUUCCUCUCUAAAGCAGGCAUUGGAGAAACUGAAAGUAUCCGAAAAUAUAUCAGAGACAAAAGAGGAAGAUGGCGAUGAGAUCAAAAUCGGAACGUCAUGUAAAAAUGGAGGAUGUACAAAAGUUUUUGAGGGACCUUCAAGUGACUCAGACAUAUGCUCGUUCCACUCUGGAGUCCCCAUCUUCCAUGAAGGGAUGAAAUACUGGAGCUGCUGUAAAAGGAAAACCUCUGACUUUAACACCUUCCUGUCUCAGGAGGGCUGCACAAAGGGAGCACAUCUAUGGAGGAAAAAAGAUGCAGGGAAGAAGGUGGUCCCCUGCCGGUUCGACUGGCACCAGACAGGGACACAGGUCAUCAUUUCUAUUUAUGCCAAAAAUGCCGUUCCUGAGCUAAGCUAUGUGGAUGCCAACAGCACUACACUCAACAUCCACAUUAUAUUUGAUGGCGAGAAGGAAUUUCAACAGGAUAUCAGCUUGUGGGGAGUGAUAGAUGUGACCAAAAGCAUGGUAAACAUGAUGGCGGCCAAGAUAGAAGUUGCCAUGAAGAAGGCGGAGCCAAUGUCCUGGGCUCGUCUGGAUCUGCCACCUCCCAUCACCCCACCCAAAGAGAACGACGAAAAGAAAGAAGAAGGGGAUAGUGAGGAUGAGGAUGAAGAUGAAUGAUGACAUGUUUCUAUCUAGCUUAAUCAAAGGCAGGAAAUAUUUUAACUUAUUUACCUCUUUAAAGAAUGGCCUCUUUUGCAGUUAUAGCAUUCUUUUAUUUCUCUGACAUUCACUGCAGUUUUUCCCUUAUCUCUCUUCAUUAUCAGAAUUACUUCUGGCUUUCUUCUGAAAUAUUGGAGUUCAUUAGAAGCUUGAGUGCUAAGUAUAUCUUAAAAAUAUUUUUAUGUGGACAAAAGUAGACUUUAAUCAAAUGAGGCAGCAACUCACCUGUGUAUUUGCACUGACAUUAUCUUUAAAAACAAUCUGACGGAGAUGACGGGGCCGCUCAUAUUGAAUCAUAAUAGACCGCAGUUGUGACCAUCUCUCUACAAUGGUGGGUAAAAGAUGAUUAAACUUGUACAUUUACAUUGUCUCAUAAUUGAGAAAUUGGAAGUUACACACUUCCAGCUGUGUAAUGUGCUGGCAUUCCAUCCUUUGGUUUCAAUUAUUAGAUAAAUUAUUCAAAUUUGUUUUCAUUUUCUGUUAAUGUCCUAAGAAAUUUAGGCUGUCUGCGUGAUGAAGAGAUAUUCUAUUAAAUUUGAAUCCUCCAGGUAUCUAUAUGUGUUUAAAAUGGAAUAUAUUUUAAUAAACAUCAUUAAAAUUAUUAGUUCUUCAAGUUUUGCUUUACCUUUGUUCCAGUGGAAAUAAAGGUGUGCUCUAGACUUUUUUUUUUACAUUAUAUUCUGCAUUUAUUUUGUACACUUUUGCUUUGAGUGACUAUUUCUUCUGACUACAACACACUUCGGUUUUAAUGGGAAUGUACUGUAACAUUUGACUAUGCCAAAUGAAUACUAAGUAUUUUGAGCAAAAUUAUUGAAAUGAUACACUAGACAGCAUGUGUCUAUGUUUAGAAUGUUUGACAUUUAUUUGGCUUAAUGAGACCACAAUAAGAGGUGCAUUAGGAAACAGGUUUAUUCCACCCCCUGCAGAAAAAUAAAGUUUUGUUUAGCAAAUUAAAAGCUGAGUGCUGGUGUUU